AAAAUAUAAACAAAGUCAGAAAUAGCAGAAAAACAAAGUCAGAAAUAGCAGCAAAUUCAGUCAAAAGUUAACCAAAAUCCCUGAAGAUCGGCUACCUUGUAUGACUUUGUAGCUCUUCAAAACGUACACUUAUACUAUAAAUCAGAGGAUGAUUGUAAUGAAAAAUAUCAAGAAAUACAAUAACAAUCAUUUGCUUCUCUUUAUCUUUCUCUAUGCAUUAUGAUAAUACCAUGUUCUAACAUGGUAUCAGAGCAGGUUCAACCAUAGGAACUCAGAAACGAAUCAUCAUCGUUCAUAAUCCAAAAAAAAAAAAAAAAAAAAAAAAAAAAACCAUUCCUAGCCAAUUCACCAAAUCAACAGAAUGGAUCGAACUUACCCAAAUCCACUCGACUGGUGUGAAGAAGGAACCAAUAAGCACCCAAAACUGAUCGGAAAUCACCGAUUAUUUCAGUUCCUCCCUGGAUUAGAUGGGAGAUACGACAAACUUUGUCGGGACAUUCUCAAGAAAGUUCCCGUUCCCUCAGUCGAGUCGGCGUUCUCAAAAGUGAGAAGGGAGGCCGCCCGACUACAAAACUUGCAGCCGGCAACCAACCGCUCCGACAUCGACGUCUCAUCAUCGGGAGGGGUCGAAGCCGGACUCGCCGCCACCCACCGACGCUGCCUUCGCGGCCAACGCCGCCGAUGCGGAUUUGCCCAAGAUGGUGGCGAAUUCGUUCAAGCUGAUGACACCGUCGCCGUUGGUGUCGGCCUCCUGCAUCCUGGAAUAUCACAGGACUGGGAGCCGGUAGUCAUCCGCAAGAAGGCGCCCACCUCCGCUGCUCGCAAGGAUGAGAAAGCCGUCAACGCUGUCCGCCGCGUCGGAGCAGAGAUCGAGACUGUCAAAAAGUCAAAUGCGGGGACGAAUAAAGCUGCUUCCAGCAGUACCUCAUUGAACACCAGGAAGCUUGAUGAAGAUUCAGAAAAUCUUACUCAUGACAAGGUGAUAAAUGAGAAACCACAGAUCAUAAAGGAAUACCAAUCUGGAAAAGCAAUUCCCAAUCAGCAGAUCAUAUCGAAACUGGGAGGCCUCCUGCAUCAUGUCGCUGAGCUCGCGAUAGGUGAGGGGGUGGCCCAUCUUGGCCAUCUAACCGGCGAGUUCGGCGGCGGUGAUGUAGCCGUUGCCGUUGGCGUCAAGGUUGGCGAGGAGAAGGAAAAAACCGAAAAUGGGGAGAGAGCAGUGGCGGUGGCUGUGGACCGGUCGCCGGAGUCUGGGCAGAUUGGAGGAGGCCGAAUUAAGGAGAUUGGCGUGAAUGGGGAAGGGCCGAAUGAAGGAGGCGGAACUUCUAAAAAUUCAGGUAUAGGGUUUGGUGUUUUUACACCAAACCCUCCUAAUUUCUCAUAUUUACACAAAAUACCCCAUGUCUUGCCCUCUAAGUCCCCAAAUUCUGAAGUAUUACAAAUACCACCCCUGGGUUAUCCUGAAUUGCAAAAAGAGCCCCACUUUAUGCAAACUACCCCCCCUGGAUUUCCAUAA